AUGGAAGAACAUUCCGAAAAAGAGCUUGAGAAAAGACUGCCGAGUAUCCGAGACCUAAUGAAGAAAUCUGACGACUUUUGGUGCAAGGAUGAUGACGAGCCUGUGAAUACCAACAGAUUUGCAAUGUAG